AUGGGCGGGCUGCAGAGCCGGGUAACGUCUGUGUUUGAGAAGAGAAGGAGUAGCGGGGAGACGGACGGGAUGGGUUGUUUCGGCAGCCGGAUGCAGACGUGUAAGACCCACCUCAGGAGGACCUACAACGGGAAAAGGCCGCUCAGAGAACAGUCCAAGAGGAUGCUGACUCAGUUGGCGAGGGUGACGCACUUCACAGUGGCUGAAGUAAAGCAGUGGUACCGGCUGUUCCUGACGGACUGUCCGGACGGUCAGCUGUCCGAGCGCCAGUUCGUCGGCUUCUACUGCAACCACUUCGAGCACGGCAACGCCGAGAUUAAAGCGAUCCUGGCCAGACGUAUUUUCCACACGUUUGACCGUGACGCCAGCGGGUGCGUGGACUUCCGGGAGUUCCUGUGCGGGAUGUCCGCCAUGCUGAGGGGAACCCCCAUGGAGAGACUGAAGUGGGCCUUCUGUAUCUUCGACCUGAACAGCGACGGGACUGUCAGCAAGAAGGAACUCAUCAACGUGCUCACGGAGGAAACCAACAUAGACGACCUCCUGUUGGCCCAGGAACGGCGGGAGCGGGAACACCACAUCCAGGAGGUGACUGAGAAGAUAUUCGAGGAGUUAGACAGCGACCAGGACGGUUUCCUCAUCCUGCGGGAGUUCAUAGAGGGGCUGAGAAGGGAUCCGGGCCUGCUACAGAUCGUGCGAGAUUCCACGGACAGUUGCCAUGACAACCGCCUCCCGCUGGGACCAAUGGGCGACGAGCAGACUGACAGCACGCACGCGCUGUGCGAAGAGGCGGGAACGAGCUGUUGCCAUGGUGACCAGGCGACCAAUGGGCACAUGUACGGGCUGUCGUCAGAUUUGGACAGGGAAGAUGACGAGUCUAUGAAUUCUAACGCGGAAAAGUAACAAACCAUCAAGAAUAACAUUUUGUCAAAGGACAUUGUUGUCAGCCAAUUUGGAUCCAUUUAAAGAGCUGUGAACGUACAAUAAGU